CACUACCCCAAGAGAAACAACCUCUAAUAAAUCAUCUAACACAAGAGAUGCAGACUCCAUUAGAACAGGUACAUAAUAUUGUUUCUCGAUGGGUUGAUAAGGACGAGUGUUUUAAUCCAAUCAUAGAGAAGGAAGUAUUGGGCCAAGAUUUGUCAAAUUUUUACAUAUGUAAGGACGACAUACUUCAGUUUACUAACAUGCAAAAGAUUGGACAAGCUGUUGUUGUAUGUUACAUGAGGUAUAUAUAUUUAUAUUAUUGUAUGUUUAAAAAUAUUUAUAUGAUUUAUUUUGUUUAACAAUAUUUAUAUAUUUUAUUUUUUAUUAGGUUGUUAUACAAGUAUGUAGUAAAACAAAAUUGUACAAACAAAUUUUUAUUUGUCAAUCCUAAUAUUGUGGCAACUUUGGGAGGCUCAUUUGAGGAUCGUGCUCAAAACUUGUUUGAUCAGUGUAAGCAACUAAAAUCAAAAGGACAACUUAUGGUUGUUCCAUGGGUUCAUGGGUACGUAAAUUAAAACUUAUCAUUUUAAUUAACUUUUAGAGAAUACUUAUAUUAAGUAAUCAUCUUUUUCUUUUGCAGCGAGCACUGGAUGUUACUUUUAUUGGCGCCAUAUGCCUACUAUGUUGCUUGUUGUGAUCCUGUCAAUGUUGAUCUCCAAAACCGCGAGGAAAUUAUGCGACUAGUAAUGACUGUUUUCAAUCGUUUCCUUCACUUUAUGGAAAUGCCUCAACUGAUUAAGGAUAAAUUACAAAUUUUAAAACCCACUUGCCCACGUCAAGAAGACGAUGUGGUGUGUGGAUAUUUCAUGUUGAGGAUGUUGAAAGACUUAAUUGAAAGUCACCAAAGUCCAAAAACUUACUUCAACCAGCUAACAUUAAGGCCAUAUACGCAAAAGCAAAUUGAUGACAUGCGCCAACAAUGGCCGGCUGAUAUGCUUCCUUCAAUCCAAAAUCACAAACCCAAAGGCGGUUAUAUCGCCUAA